CAGCAACCGUUUCUUCAAGUACAAAGUGUGCGAAGCGACAGAAUGGACCAUUGUCAAGGUGACGAUGACUAUGUCCUGGGUCGAGAUAUUUCCGACUCAAUCAGGCUUGAUGCCCAACACCUGUUGUGGAAGCUUCACAACAGAUACACGUUGCAUCCUGCGAUUCCCAAGUCUGACCAUAUGAAAAUAGCCGAAGUCGGGACUGGCACAGGUAUUUGGCUGUUUGACUUGGCACAAGACCUCCCUGACACCGUCUGUCUCCACGGAUACGACAUCUCUCCCCGCCAAUUUCCCUCUAAGAAGCUAUGGACUUCCAACAUCAAGCUCAGCCUGAUGGAUUCUCUCCGUGACCCACCCGAAGCCCUCCAUGGGAAGUACGAUGUCGUGCACCUACGCAUGUGGGCAAGUAACCUUCGAACGAGGGAUGUGAAGCUUGUGAUUCGCAGCGCCUCCAAGUUGCUCAAAGCUAGGGGAUAUCUCCAGUGGGAGGAGGCAAAUCUUCUGAAUCAAGAUGUGCGAAGUUUGGCAGGGAAGGACUUUGAGGCCCAAGUCAACAAACUUUUCGUAUCCGCAGGCCUUGACUACAGCUGGGUCACUCAUCUUUCCUCUUCUCUAUCGUCCAGUGGCAUGACCAUCAUCGAGCACAAAGAGCACCCUUUCGCACCCGGGCUGAUUCAGAUUGGUACUAACACAUACCUGAUGGCUCUAAAGGAGAUUCUGGCAGGUAUCAAGAGGACUGGCUCUUGCACAGACCACACUCUGUUGCAGACUUGCGAAGAGGGGCUGGACAAACUCAUCACCUCGCGAACUGACGGAUUGGUGUACAACUGGGGCCCGGUUUCGCUGCUGGCACAGAAACCUCAUGCUGCUCAAAUGUGA